AUCAAUGUGUGUAUCAUUAAGUAAUUUUGUUAAUACUCAUCUGUUAAUAUGUUUCUUCCUUAUUCUAGAAGGAUGGAUGGUACGCAGUUUCUGGUACAAUGGGAUGAGCAUCCUUCACAUUUGGCAACACGCCUUGGUUAUUUGUUAGAACACCAGUCACUGGUUGAUGUUACCCUCAUGUGCAACACGCACACUCUAAAAGUCCACCGAGCCGUCCUUGCCGCCUGUAGUCCAUAUUUCGAGCGACAACUAGGAAACCAUCCUCUCAUAGUGCUCAAAGAUAUGAAGUUUUCUGUUUUAAAGUCGUUGGUGGAAUUUAUGUACUGCGGAGAGACAAGUGUUUCUGAAGAAAAUCUCACUCCACUGCUAGAAGCUGCCAAAUUUUUUGAGGUUAAAGGUUUGUCUUCUAUGACAAAGGAGUCCCUGUGUUCUCCGGGUGGAAAUCAUAGCAUUAAAACAUUCAAUGGUACUGCAACUCCUACCACUUCUGCUGGCUAUGGCCGAGGAAGUGGACGUGGAAGGGGAAGGGGUAGAGGAAGACCACCCUUAAAUCCAUCAUCCAAAAUCGGUAGUCCUACAGAAUCUGCUCAGAUUCUUCUUUCCCUGUCAGGGAACAGUCCAAACCCUCAGUUGUAUACAAGCAGUAAAAAUGUGAAAAUUGACACAAAUAUUGUGAGUGGUUCUAGUCCUACAGAUGGAAUGAAGCCAAAACCCGGCUUCGAACCAAGGCGGAGAGGAAGGAAAAGAGGAGCCCUUAACACGGCGUUUAGGGAUAGGAUAAUGAGGGACGUAGAUACCCAGUUGGCGAUCGAGAACCUUAAAAGGGAUCUGUCAGAUGAAGCUGAUUCUCCACUGCUGUCUUCCCUCUUGGCCAAACCUGACCAGUCAAAGCAAGAUGAUCCCAAGUUUAUACAACAGCUUAAGGAUAUCGGUUUACCUACUAACAUGCCUAUACUCAUCGAUAAUGGUGACGGAAAACUUCUGACCCUGACGGAAGAUGUUUUGAAAUCUGUAGUGGACAGUGAUGGAAACCUUCAACUCCAAGUAGCAGAUACAAACUUGAACAAAGUUAAAAAACCACCUAGACCUUUUAUUGUGAAGGAAAUGAGGGCUAUGAAGUCGGACGAUGAAGAUGAAAACGGAACUAAAAAUGUUGAGGUGAAAUCAGAAAUAAGUGAGGAACCUAUAAACGAUGAGGUAAUAGAGAACUUGAAAAAUGGUGGUCUAAGUGAAGCAGAAUUGGAACCGGAUGCUGUAGUUCUUUUCGAAGUAACUGAUAACAAAAAAGUUGAAAAAUUUGUUUUAUCAGCUAAAGAUGUUAGUAUAUUAAAAUCUCUGAAUGAACAAUUAGCCAAACAAAAAAAAGAAUUAUCCGAUAUCACUAAAAAGUGUGAUAGUGUAAAUACGAUAGAUGUUGCUGGUACCAACACAAAAAUAGCAGAAUUAAAACUCAAAAUUGGAAAAACUAAGUCAAUUUUAUCUCAGUUUGUCUAUCUCAAAGAGAAAUUAAAGAAUUUAUCUGGCUGUAUGCCUUGUGAUAUUAGUGAUAAGCGUCCAUUAUCAGAAAUGGUUCAUUUGGAAUUCAUAGAUGGUAAUGGUGAAAAGAUAGAAGGAUAUGAAGUUCAUGGAACACUGGUUGAUAAAUCGAGAGGAUCAACAAGUGAUCAUAAAGAUAAUCUUACCAAAGAUGGUGAUCUCUUAAACUAUUUCGACAGGUUUAUUUGUGGUGAUACUAAUAAUGAUCGAAAUAGUCCAUUACUAGGUGAAAACUCAAUAAAAAAAUUAACUGAGAAGAGAGAAGAUGAAAUGUUAUCUGGUGAUAAUUGUGAACCAAAAGAAGAAAUGAGUUAUCAGCUGGUAAGCCUUGAUGAUCAGAAUGAAAACAUAUCCUACGAUCAAAUAGAAGCUAUGAUGAGUGAAUCAUCAGGCAAUAUAGUUAUAGAAGAAAAGAAUCCGGAAUUGAAGUAUAUAAUAGACAAUGACGGAAAUAUCAUGAAUCAAGAUGAAAAUUAUGUCGUCUACGAGAGUGGAAAUGUUAUAUAUGACAACCCUGAGUCUGUUUUACCCGACAUAUCUGAAGGAGAAAAUUCGAGUAAUUUUGUUGUUUCCGAUAGGGUUAUUCAAAAUGAAGGGACAGAAUAUAUCGUGGAAUACAAUGACAAGUCAGAUUUAGGUGACGACAUGAAAGGCAUUGAUGAUAGAGGGGAAUAUAUUGUCUAUCACGAUACAAAUAAAGAAGGCUACGAAGAUGACGGCCUUGAAGAAGUUAAGGAAGGCGAUAACAGUUUUGUAAUAUAUCCGGGCGACAGUAAAGAACUGGAGACUGAUGGGGAGACUAAGUCUCCUACGAAAGAUGUACCUUUCGCUGUUGGUCUCGUACCUCUUAAAGACGCUUUAGAAAAAUUUCAGUCAAUAUCCGAACACCAACCUAGGAAAACACGAUCCAAUUCUAUGAAUGGUGAAAUAGUGGGCAUGAGGAGGAGAUCCUCGGGUAGUUCCGACAAUUCUGACCUGUCAGACAAAAAAAGAAAAUUAGACCCCACAUUAAUUGAUGGCAUUCCAGAUGAAGGUUUAUAGGUACCUGUUUACUGAUCUCAUUUAUUAUAGGGUGCAUCUCGUCUCCGUUCACAUCCAUCAUUGAACUCAGUUACCUCAUUUUGUUUAUUAUUAUUAUUUUUUUUUGUUUAUUUCUUUUCCUAUUCGUUUCUUAUUGAAAUAUUAGUUCAUUUCGCUUACCUAGGUUGUUAUAUGUUUAAAAUGUACCACAUUACUGACCAGCAGAUUUAUGUAAAGUUACACAAUAAGCACUGUAUGUAUGUAAAUAAUUAUUUCAAAUAAUACAUACAUUAAAAAAUGUGUGUCUUUUAGCUUUUGUAGAUUUAUAUAUUGUAUAUUUAUAAAUAUAUAUACGUGUAAUAUUGACCACUAGUUUACAUUUGUUAAAUUGAAA